AUGGCUCGCAAAAUCCGCGAUUCGACCAUCUUCAAGACGUGCCAUUGGUUUGUCGGGACACGCAGCCGGCGUCGCACCUUGCUUCGGCUCGCUAUUGCUAUCCUCGUCAUCCCUCUCUUCUUACAGUGGCUGCUCGCCUACGUCGUUGGUAGGGAUGCGCGGCUGCUGCCGCCGGAGCUGCUGCAGGCCAAGAACGUCUUGAUUGUCACGGCCCAUCCUGAUGACGAGUGCCUAUUCUUCUCGCCUACCAUCCUGGGCGUCCUUGACAGGAACCGGGCCAUCAAUGGCGGCUUGCUAGUUAUGUCAACUGGAAACAAUUAUGGCCUGGGCGAGACGCGCAAGCAAGAGCUAAAAGGCUCGUGCAGUGCUUUACGCAUCAAUCCAUCGAGAUGCGAGGCAUUGGACCAUCCAAGCCUUCAGGACAACCCCAAGGUGUGGUGGGAUACGGAUCUCAUCAAAUCCAAGGUAAAGGAAUAUGUCAAGAAGUGGGAGGUUGACGCCAUCAUCACCUUUGACGAGGGCGGUGUGUCUGGACACAUCAACCAUCGCGCUGUGAGCGCAGCCGUGAGUGAGUACGUAGCGGGUGAUGAAAAGGCCCCGCCGGCAUACAAGCUUGUCACGACGGCAGUUCUCAGGAAAUACACUUUCUUGUUUGACUUGCCGUUGACGGCACUGUCUUUCUCGUGGAGAAUCGUGGCAGCCACCUUCUAUCCGUCUGAGAAAGCGAGCUCCGAGCUUAGCUCCGAGGCACUAAUAGCCAACCCCUGGCACCGGUAUCAGAGGACGCGUAAUGCCUUUGCAAGCCAUGACAGCCAGUAUUCGUGGGACCGCCACUUGUACAUGAUUCUCAGUCGAUAUGUGUGGUUCAACGAUCUCAAAAGGAUACAAGCCAAGGGAAUGGCUUCUUAA